ACCCGAGCCCGCCAUUGCUCGGCGCCGACGGUCGCCCGCCCCUCGCGCAUGCGCACCGCUCCUCCGCGGGCCCGCCCGGCCCGGGCGAGGCGGCGGCAGCGGAGGGGACCACGUGGGCGGGGGGGGGAGAGAUGGCGGCGCGGGGCGAGAUGGCGGAGCAGCGGGAGGUGGCGGCGCAGCAGCGGGAGGUAGAGGCGCAGCGGGAGGUGGCGGCGAAGCUGGAGGCGCUCACGUUCGACCCCAGCGCGGCGGCCCCGGGCCCUCCUGGCCCCCGGGAGGGCGAGGGGGGAGAUGAGGCCGUGGUGCCGCUGGGCGAGGCGGCGUCCUGCUCCCAGCCGGCCGCGGCGGCGGACUCGGAGAGUGACACAGAUUCAGACGGUUCAUCAACUACAUCCUCCUCCUCUUCGUGUUCUUCUUCAUCAACAGUGUCUGAUGAAGAUGAUCAUCCAAACGAGAAGGAUAACAGAAGACAGUGUGUUAAAACAAAAGACGAGUUGCCCCUUGAUGAACUGCCUCCAGUUGAAGACUUAUCUUUAAUUCUACCUGAUAAUGUUGAACUGAAGCUCUUUGGGACAGUUUCCAGUAUCAUUGAGCAGCUAGUAAUAAUUGAAUCUCUAAGAGGCCUACCUCCAAUAAACGAGGAAAGCAUAAUUUUUAAAGAAGAUCGGCAAGCUGCAGGAAAGAUAUUUGAGAUAUUUGGUCCUGUUAUGCAUCCCUUUUAUGUGUUACGAUUUAACAGCCCUGAGCAUAUCAAAGAAAAAAGUAUUAAUGUGCAAGAUAACAUGUAUUUUGCUCCAUCAGUACAGGACUUCACCCAGUAUAUAUUUGCAGAGAAACUGAGACAGGAGAAGGGGUCAGAUGCAUCUUGGAAGAAUGACCAAGAACCGCCACCUGAAGCCUUGGACUACAGUGAUGAUGAAAAAGAGAGAGAGGCAAAACAAAGGAAAAAGAAGCCUCAAAAUCAAGGAAGGAAGAAAUUCAGAUCAGAAACAAAUACAUCAGAUGAGUACGAAGGAGCUCAUCAGCCAGUGCAACAGCCUGCUUCAAGUUAUUCAAGGGGGUACCAUGACAGACAGUUCUCUGGUGUUCCGUUUCCUCCACCAUCAGGACCUCGAGGAUUUUCAAGACCUCAGAUGAGACCACCACAGCUAUACUAUUCAGACAACAGAAUACAUCAUGAGCCUCCAGUGUUCCGGCAACCUUACAGAAAUGAAAAUCCAAUGAUGCAGCAGUAUCCCUUUCCUCCUCCAGUUUUUGGUUCUGGUAAUGAGAUGCAUCAAUUUCACCAUCCGCCUUCAAAUCUAAAUAUGGCUUGGAUGGGCCCAAACAUGUACAACUCAUCGUACCCAUUUUUACCACCACCACCGCCGCCUCCACCUCCUCCAGAUAGCCAUCGUUCUCCCUUCAAGCCUUACUAAGUUUCCAUAAACGUGUGGCUGCCAAGACUCUAUUCCCUUAUUUUGAAGAUGCUUUUUUUUUUCUGCAAGAAUAGGACAAAUGCAGAGUUCGAUGCUUUGUGGGAUAUCCACAGAAAACUUUUUUUCUAUUUCUUUUCUGUUUCAAAAAAAGUAUGAUUAAAAUUACAUUAUUAUAUAAUGGUUUAUUUUUGUAAUAUCUACCAGCUUGGGGUGAUAAUAAAAACUUUUCAGAG